AUGACUGUCGCUAAGAAGCACGUCACUCCUUAUGCCCUCCGCAUAUUCCGCCAUAUUGGCGAUGUUUCAAUGGGCCUGGCACUGGAAUCAAUAGUUCCAAUCGAGGAGAAGACUUUAUUAGCGGCGCAUGUUUCAAUGCUUCUUGGUCGAUAUGAUCAAGCCGAACAGUUGUUCCUCAAAAGUUCAUGCCCAAACGAAGCGCUCGCAAUGCGACGCGACCUCCUGGACUGGUCAAAAGCUUUAUCGCUUGCUGAACAACUUGCUCCAUCGGAAAUCCCCUAUAUUUCACGCGAAUACGCUCAACAAUUAGAGUUCAUGGGCGACUAUCCCAGUGCUUUAGCACACUACGAGCAUGGUAUUAUCGAGAAUCCUGAUGAGGAAACAGAACAGAUACUCGAACACAACGAG